UCCUCUCCCUUUCAUUCUCACGCUCCUAGGCCGACCCGUGGAAGUUGCAUCCUGGAUAGCCGGGGCUGCGCUGCUGAAGAGCUCCGAGCCAGUGCUUGGCCGAGCCUCCCGCCCGGAUCCCGGGCAAAGACCGCCCAAAACACUGUGCUGACCUUCGUCUGCACCGUUCUAUGGUGACCCGGUCUCCGCUGCCCGAGUUGUAGCCGCUCUGCACCCCCAGGACUGCCAGAGCACCCGGGAUCUGCAAGCCUGGGGCCUAGAUUCUCUUCAGAGACUUUGUGAAGGGCAAAGGCUCGCUGACUUGAUUCCCUCUUCUUCCAUUUGUGUUAUAUAUUGAGAGAGCCCCAAGGAGUAACCGUUCACUCUGAGAAAAGAAACCACCGUGAUUUACCAAAACAAGAAAUAAUCCAGGUGAUCACAAAAUGAGUCAGGAUGGAUCCUGAAGCUGCGCAGCUGGAGAAGCGGCAUGUGCACAGUGUGUAUGAGAGCACUGCCCCCUACUUCACUGACCUGCAGAGCAAAGCCUGGCCGCGCGUCCGCCAGUUCCUGCAGGACCAGAAGCCAGGCAGCCUCGUCGCAGACAUCGGUUGUGGAACUGGAAAGUAUCUUAAAGUGAAUAGCCAAGUCCAUACUCUGGGCUGUGACUACUGUGGGCCUCUGGUAGAGAUUGCCCGGAAUAGAGGGUGUGAAGUCAUGGUAUGUGACAACCUUAAUCUCCCCUUUAGGGACCAGGGCUUCGAUGCUAUCAUCUCCAUAGGAGUCAUACAUCAUUUUUCUACAAAAGAGAGAAGAAUUAGAGCAAUAAAGGAAAUGGCCAGGGUCUUAGCUCCCGGAGGUCAGCUGAUGAUUUAUGUGUGGGCAAUGGAACAGAAGAACCGACACUUUGAGAAACAAGAUGUGCUUGUGCCAUGGAACAGGGCACUCUGUCCCCGGCUGCUGUCAGAAUCCCACCAGUCAUGGGGACCUCAGUGUGAGCAUCCCACAAACCAAGGCUUCCAGGGUCCCGGUUCCGUGUGCGGCUGUGCGGUGUGUUUUAAGGGCAGAUGUGAUUCCAAACGAUCCCACAGCAUGGACUAUGGGUCUGCGGUGGCCAGAACCUGCUGCGAAGCCAUUUCAAAGGAAGGCGAGCAAGAGAACGGAUUGUAUAGCAAUUUUGGAAAAUCCUUUCGCUCCUGGUUUUUCUCUAGGUCUUUGGAUGAAUCAACCCUGAGGAAGCAAAUGGAAAGAGUCAGGCCCAUGAAAAUCCCAGAGGGUUGGGCCAACAGCACCGUGUCCCAACAACCUUCCAGACACUCCAGCUUAGACUUGAACGUUCAGGAGACAUUUUCAACAAAAGGACCGAACUUAGAUGAGGUGUUCGUAGACACAUCUUCUCAAAGACACUUGAGCUGGCUGGGAACACCUGGCACGUCAGACAACUUCAGCGGACACAAGGGAGGAGAGAGCAGGAGAAAAGAGGGGAGCGAUUUUCUGGACAUCACUGAUACCGGGGACAGUGUGACUGCAAGUAAUGGCAGUGAUCCUUCUGCCAGAAAAUUAUUAAGGAGGGUUUCUGCAUUCGACUCCAACGAUUCCAACUCAGAAGACCCAAGCUUUGUGGAAGAGCAACGGGAUGCCCCGGAUUCCAAAGCCUUCAUGCGUUACUACCAUGUAUUUCGGGAAGGCGAGCUGUCCAGCCUGCUGCAGGAGAGUGUGUCUGAGUUGCAGGUUCUGAGCUCCGGCAACGACCACGGUAACUGGUGCAUCAUCGCAGAGAAAAAGAGGAGCUGGGAUUAAACGCCAUCGCUCAAGGCUGCAGUGGUGGCCCAUCAUCUGUUCAACGGGGCUGGUGUGGCUGCCAGAAGCAGCAUCCUGUUUCAUUGUUUUCAAGUCCAGGUACAAGUUCAGCACUUUGACCGCAUCUUCCUAAUUGUUGAGUAAGCACGAAGACUGGCACUUACCGCGUCUGCUACAGGAUCUGCCUGCUGAAGUUUCAAUAAAAGAAUCUGAGGAAGCAAUAGGAACUGAAUUUAAGUGCAGGCUUGAUCUUCUUCCUCCCAGUGAUGAAAUUAUUAUAAUAUGUGUAUGUCAAGUGUCAGUAUUAUCUUUUGGAUUUUAAAUAUUCUGCUGUUUAAACAUACCCGUUAAAAGCAGUUUUUUUUUUUAAAAAAAAAAAUAAAUUGUGUUGGUUCUCAGAUAAUUACUUAGAUCUCUGUGGAAGGAACAAGGACACCUAUUCUGUCACUGGGAGUGGGUUUGUGGCCUGUUGUGGGGGUGUCUUGUUUCCUGACUUUGUUGCUAACUACACCAAGCCUUCUAGUAUUGCCCAGACUCUCUAAAUUACAUGCAAACAUCGUUCGAGAUGAGCGAUGUUAAUAAUACUGUCUUCAGUGUUGCUCUGAAGCUUUUUAAAGGAGCCGUUAGCAGAGGGUUAGGGUUAGAGCAGGCAGCUCACAUGCCGCAGAAUAAGCCUAUAUCCACAGUACCACAGAUAGAAGAGAAAAAAAAAAACACACUGUUAGCACGCGGAGGGUGUUACAUGUAUAGGAGAUGUUCUGUCCUCUGGUGACAUUUUUUUCCCCAAAGGUACUAGGAGCAUAAAUAGCCAACUGAGGUUGUGCCAAAAUUACCCAAAGAGUUUUCAACUAGGAAAUGCUCACUUGAGUUAUCUGAGUCUAAUUGGAGCUGUUUUUACUUUGCCUGGGCGGGCAGAUCUGGAAAGUGUCCUGUAUUUAGCCUUAUCAGACACAAGAUGGGGACUUGCUAUUGCAUGCCAUGGCAUUCAUUCCCUGGAAGGUGACCACAUUAGACCGUUAUAUCAACCAUCGGGACAGAAUUGAAGCUUAGCAACUCUACAGUGCAAUGAUUCGACUGGGCACUGUGACAAUCCAUGCUUUUUUUUUUNUUUUUUUUCUUUUUUUUUUUUUUUUAAGACUAAACCAUGACUCUGAUUAAUUCUAUGUCGGGGAUACCAAGGAACAAUUAUGAAGGAACUAGAGACUAGACUUGGGAGAAACAAAAAUAAGUUGGCCACGGAAUAUGGUUCCAGAUAAUUCGUUAACAAGCAGAAAAUCAAAUAGUCAUUGUGCUUUCUGGGCCAAUAUAAUGAUGAAGAUUAGAUUCAAAUCCAAUCUUCAUUUUAUUUUUUUCUCCCACUACAAAAUUAACAAAAAAAUUGUAAUGGAUCAUAUAUUUAUUUGGUGUUUAUCCUCUUCAGAGAUUUUGUUUGGAGCUUAACAAAAAGGAAGCUACUUUUGAAGACAAAUUCAAAGGUGCUUUGAAAAUGCAAAAUGUGUCUUUUAACCUUUCAAAGUGUAUCAGAUAGUCCCUGAAGUUCUUCAAGUCAAAUUUCCAUCUCCUCACCCCUGUGGUGGAAGUGGUCUUGUACUUUUUCAUGUACAUUUUGUACAGGGAGACAUGAAAAUAGACACCGGGGGUGAAGCAUAAAUUAAAAUCUACUGUACCUUCCGCUUUUCCAAGAGAAGAUAUUAAACUGUAUGUGCAGUGGCUUCCCGGGAGAAACGAUGACUUGGAACUAGUUAGCAGCGAUGACCUCUUUGUUAUGGUUUUCCCCUUCCCUGAGGUCUGUGUCACUUUUACUUCGCUUUGCUGCCAGAUGUCUGAGCCUGACAUCACCCUGAUUGGAAUGUGUCACUUAAAGCUUGUUAUGUGGAACCCAGUUCAUUAGGCUGUGCUGGGAUGCUGUACCAGCUACUAUGUCUGAACAAGCUCAUAAAAUAAACACACACCCCACUUUGUAUUUAAAGCCCUUUGGGAUGGUUAUUGGGAGGCAGAGAGAUUUCUCAUACAGCAUUGACAGGGCUGUGAACACCAGAAACAGCAGCCUUGCUAAGUGCAGGAAUUCUAUGCAUCCAGAUGUUUUGGUGUAUGUUCAGCAAAAUCUGUGGCUGGUAACCUUUCCUUAAGGGAUCCCUAUGAAAAGCACUCCAUCUCCAUCAUUUAAAAGCUUAUUCUUCUUUAGGACUGUCCUGAGAAGGAAACCCAAGUCAUAAAUGCAUACAAAUGGAGACAUUGUGCGACCAUCAGUCUUAAUCAGCUAGUCAGCAGACUUCACUGCUCUGUCUAAAGCGAUCUGAAAACCUUUACCACUGUUAAGACAAAAUGAUGUUUUUCUAGAUCCUUCCUGGCAUCAACACAGAGUCCCACUGCCUGACGGAAGCAAAAGUUCAGGGAACUUCUUAGAUAAUUGUUAGAAGUUGGACGAGUGGUACCUCCCUGGCUUGUGUGUGUGGAGCUUUGUGGAAACAGACAAAUGAUUUGGGGGAGGGGAGCGUGCAUUGACAUAAACAAAAGAUAAAAAUCAAAAUAAUAUUUUCCUGGGGGGCAA